UUUGAGUGAUGGGAGUUGAUGCCUCGUCAUUGGACUGCUGAGGUGCCCAGCUCAGUCUUCGGCCUACAGGGCUCAUGCAUCGUGAUUCCCUGCUCAUUCAACUACCCAGAACCAAAGAUAAAGCCCUCUGAACUCACUGGCAUCUGGUUCAAAGGCGCUUAUGAGGUUAUAUACCACCCAGACAGCUCCAGCAUCAUCAAAGACUACAGGGGUCGUACAGAGCUGGUGGGAGACCUCCGGCAGAAGAACUGCUCACUCAGAAUCGACCCCCUCCAUCACAGUGACAAAGGACCAUUUACUUUCAGGCUUGAAAUCAAAGACCAUAGCAAAGCUUCAUACAAAGAUGACACAGUCUCCAUUGCAGUGAGCAGUAAGUUUCCUGUGGAAAAUUGACAAGGAGAAUUUCAAAUGUAUUAAUUAUAGUAUCCUAUUUAACCUAACGUUAUCUUAUUAGCUAUAGCUUCUUGUUGAUUAUAAUUGUAAUGGUACAGAAAGGACAGACCCAAGAAUAAGUGGAAGCACACUGCUAUAACUGUUGUCAUCUCUUAAUUUCAGGCUCUCCAGACCCCCCCUCUCUGUCAGUGAGGGAGGAGGUGAAGGUGGGGGAGGAGGUAUCUGCCUCCUGCUCUGUGUCUCACUCCUGCCCAUCUGAUCCCCCUCUCCUCACCUGGAGCCACUCUGGAACACCCAGCAUCCAAUCACAACAGCAGACCAACGGCCAGUGGGAAGAGACAUCAUCCAUGACUAUUAGAUCCACCAUCGCUGAUAACAACCAGCCUCUGGUCUGCACAGCAGCAUACAGGGGAGGGAAGACAGUGAGCAGCUCCAAAACGCUAAAUGUAAAAUGUAAGUGGUCCACACCUGUUAACAACACUGUUUGGAAGAUUUUCACUUUCACUUCUGUGAAAACAGAAUAUUUCUGUAAAUAUGAGGAAAGUGAUACUAGAAUUAAACUUACAUGAUACGGAACCUAAAACUUUGUCCAUUCUUAACCUUGCAUGUGGUUGAUCCACUGAAUCUGUCCUAAGAUGUUUAUUACAUAGUAAUAGAAUUCUUGCUAAUGAUGUUAUUCAUAGAUGCCCCAGUGGAUGUGAAGGUUGAGGGAGUGUCCAGUGUGAAGGAGGGAGACUCUGUAGAGCUGAGAUGCUCCAGUGAUAGUAACCCUGCUGCCCACAGCUACCGCUGGCACAACAGCAGAGGGCCUCUGCCCACCAUGGGACCUACCAUCACACUGGAGAGAGUGACCAGACUCACUGAAGCCCUCUACUGCACUGCAUCAACACAGAGGGACAAGGCCAAUCCAGCUCACUGAAGCUCAGUGUAGAGUGUAAGUAGAUCCAGAGUUAGUUGAUUCAUCCACAUGUUGUCACUAAGAGGCAUGUCAUGUCUGUGUAUAUAAUAUUAAGACAAUGCUCUUGAGGAUGUAGUUAGCACUACAUGUUCAGUUGAAACAACUGUUCAUCAUUCUCAUCCCAGACCCCCCUGUGAUCAAAGUGGACUCUGCCUGCACUUCAGACAGCUCCAUGAUAACCUGUCUGUGCAUUGUGGAUUCGGAGCCCCCCGGCACUGUGGAGUGGUCUCUUCCAGCAGGACCCCUGCCCAGUACCAGGGUGGAGAUGCAUGGGUCAGUUGCCAUGGUGACCCUACAGAGGGCACUAGGCUUCUCAGAGACCAUCCACUGCAAUGCCAGCAACACACAGGGCAAUGCCACCUUGUCCUUCACUGUACCCACAAAUGGUAAGUGAAACAGUGGAGGGAAGUGUAUCAAUAAUUAAUUAUUAUUAUGCUAUAUUUAUAUCAUAAGGAAUAGUAUGGGUACAUUGAAUAAAUCAUAUUCAUCUGUUUUUGGACAGAUAAGAUAUUCAUGCUGUACGUUUCAAUUGCUAUUGCUGCAUUAGUGGUGGUAGUAAUACUAAUUAUCAUGUCAGCUUGCCUGUUGACCAAGAAGGGGUAAGUUACUAUUUUAUUUAUUUUUGGAGGGAGUUAUGUAGAUUUGUGUUUGUUGAUAGCUGUUUUGUUCUGUUUUGAUAUCUUGGCAUUUUUCUCGUCAGUGGGAAGAGUCAUGGUAUCCAGCCAGUAACCAGUAUGUAGGACAUGGAUGCAGCAAAGUGUGCUUCCUCAGAUCCCUCACCAUCAAGGUAUUUUUCUACAGGCUGUUCUAUCUGUGAUCAUAAUGUAUACAUCCUGCGGAGUUGCUAAAGACCAUUAGCCUACAUUCACUCUUGUUGUUUUUUAUCAAAUGAAGAGAAUGCAUCACAUAGUGGCCCUAACUCUAUCCACAGGAAAGAGCAGAAAGACUCCAGCAGUGAAAUCCACACAAACUACUACACCAACGAUCAGCUAUAUGGCAACAUGGAGGUACUGUAUGUACUGUAGACAGAGUGUGA